AUGGCAAUCCGACGAGCAAACGACAUCGACGCAAUCCGACGAAGGAGAUUGGGAUGGUUCUGUUGGUGUUGUGUGCUCAGCCUCAAGUUCCAUGGGUCCAAGGAGUUCAUCACUCUGAGGAGUCUGCAGUUUCGCACCCGGCCGGGUGCGAAUCGUCCCCGGUGCCUCUUGGAGCGCAGGCAGAAGAGCCUUGGAAGCCUGCCAUCAGUCAGCGUGCAGAUUGUCACUUACAAUCGCACAUGCCUUGUGCUUGAAGCCCUGCAACAAAUUGAAGCUCAAGACUAUGCCGGUGAAAUUGAGGUGCUUGUUCUGGAUGAUAGUCCUCACAGCAGCCUGCGAGCAGUUGAGGGCUUCGCAAAUACAUCUCGCCACCGCGUCGUCUACCAUUUUCUGGAGAAGCGGCUCACUAUUGGUGCGAAGAGAAACCUUGCAGUGAGUCUGAGUUUGGCAGAUUUAGUUUGCACCUGGGACGACGAUGACAUCUACACUGAAGACCGGGUGCGGCUCCAGGUAGAGUUUUUGCUGGAGCAUCCUCGCUGCAAAUGUGCCAUGAUGGAACGACGCUACUUCUUCUGGAGCUCGUAUGGAGUCCUCCGAUCGUGCCGCGACGAGCUUCAGUUAUUCCCAUUGGAAAACACCCUAUGCUUUUGGCGAAGCUGGUUCCAGGCUCGCAGCUUCGAUGCAGGGAACCUCAAUGAAGGCCUUGGAUUGCUGCGUGGAGCUCAAGGAGUGAAGCAUCCUGGAAGGCUGGGAAUCCUUUCAAUUCCGGCAGAGGACCUGCCAUUUGUGUAUGUAAAGCACGAGGGGUCAAUGACUGGAAGCCAAAUCCUUCCUCAACCAGCAGAAGAUCCUGUCAAUGUUCGCCAACAAGGAGUGGGGCUCGGUGGAUGGCCUCUUCUGCCAUUGGCGCGUGCUUUUUUGAUGGACAGAUUUCCGGCAUUGCCCGCUUCCAGUUGGUGCGCGAAGGGUCUGGGAACAGUGCGCAAGCUCCUUUGUGAGGAAAUCAAGCAGGACAUUAAGCAACUGCGAGCUUUAUCUGAUAGAGCACAGGUAGCUUCAUACAUUCGCCAGCUUGGAAUGGAGAGUGCACCAAGAUUCACUACAGAAGGACUGCUUGGAUGGAUUGAUGCCAUGCAGCAAAAGCUGAGAAUGGGAUUUGUGGACGAAAAAGAGAGACUGAAUUCUGCUUGGAGUUGUGCGUCUGCGAUGGCUCAGAUUGCAAAGGAAUGGAUGGGACAGCCCCUUUGUGUGUGCGCAUAG